UUAAAAACCAAAAUAAAGAAAAAAAAAUACAAAAAAUAAAGCAAAUAUAAAAAAUAUUAAAAAAAAAAAACAAAACCUUAAUUAUUAUCAGAUCCCUCUCUCGCUCUCGCUCGUACUCUCUCUCACCUCACCUCUUUGAAGCCGCUGCCCACUGCUCCGAGAGUGGACGACGACGGUGAUUCGCUGCCAAGCGAUUUGACGACGACGGAGACGGCAACAACUUCUCCCCUACUCGCUUACGACGACGGCUAUCUCCUCCCUAAGUCGCCGACGACUUCUUCACCAACGACGGAAGCGACACAGCUCCUCUCUCGCAAACGGCAGCAACUCAGAUCGGAGAUCGGAGAUCGGACACGAGGAAUUCUGUUUCAUUCAUUGCCGGAUUAACAAUUACUUCACUCACAAUAGCUACUCUACUUAAAUUAUCAACCUUAGAUCGGAGAUCGGGGAGUAGGAACUCCCUUUCACUCAUUUGUCGCGGAUAAACAAUUACUCCACUCACAACAGGAGUAGGUGGCCAUAUAAGUGUAGCUAUCACGGUUAUGAUAUAUUUUAUGAGUGAAACCAAUUGGCACUGACGAUCUUGGGCAUUUGAAGUUAUUUGCAAGACCCACCGCUGCACCUUUUGCCUGUAAUUCUUCAACUAUGACGCCCUUUCAAUCAUCUGGGCCUUUGGUGGGAUCAGAUAACUCAGGUUUGAGACCCAAUACUCCAUUAGUUCCACAAUCUACAACACCUUUUUCAUCAUAUGGGCCUGUGGUUGGAUCUGAGUCCUCUAGUUAUGUUCGUCCUCCACCAAUGGCCCCACAGACAAACAUUCCCCAGGCUUCUAGUUUUAGACCUGCUCCACCAGCUAGGUUUAAUGACCCAUCUGUGCCACCUCCACCAACGUCAUAUGCCCCUACACCUGCUGGACCUUUCCCAACGCCACAAUUUCCCUCAAAUCAACCACCUCCUUCUCGGCCUGUUAUUGGAAGCCGGCCCCCAUUUCAACCUCCUGCAGCUCAAGUGCCUCCUCCACAACUUCCACUUCAUCCACAACAGCAAAUACCGUUGGUGCCAAUGGGAUCUCCCCCUCAAAAUAUGAAUUAUGUACCAGGAACAGGAAGAACAAAUAUUCCGCAGCCUUCAUCUGAUUCAUCAUUUCCUGCUCUCAGGCCAAAUUCCCAACCGUCAUUUCCUGGAUAUGUUCGUCAACAAUCUAGUGCAGAUUCACCAGCGCCACCUGUCCAGUCUCCGUUUCUUUCUAAGCAGGGAAGUGCACCUUUCCAAACUACACCUCCCUCUUUUGCUACGCACCAAGCUGGUUAUGCUGCUUCUCCACCUGUUGCAGCUCCCAUGGGAUUACAGACGAGGGAUCGUAUGCAACAUUCAAGUUUAGGACCUCCUGCUGGUUCCUUGCAAGGCUUGGUAGAGGACUUUAACUCACUAUCUAUUGGAUCCAGUCCUGGGUCAAUUGAACCUGGAGUUGAUCUCAACGCUUUGCCAAGACCAUUGGAUGGUGAUAUGGAACCAAAAUUGUUUAAUGAAAUGUAUCCAUCAAACUGCAGUUCUAGAUUUCUACGCCUAACAACUAGUGGAAUACCAAGUUCCCAAUCCUUAGCUUCAAGAUGGCACUUGCCUCUUGGAGCAGUUGUUUGUCCACUUGCAGAAGCACCAGAUGGGGAUGAGGUGCCAGUAAUUAAUUUUUCCAAUUCUGGCAUUGUUCGAUGUAGAAGAUGUCGUACAUAUGUGAAUCCGUAUGUGACAUUUACAGAUGCUGGAAGAAAGUGGCGAUGUAACAUGUGCUCUUUACUUAAUGAUGUUCCUGGUGAGUAUUUUGCUCAUUUGGAUUCCACUGGAAAAAGAGUGGAUUUGGAUCAGCGACCUGAGCUUACACGUGGUAGUGUGGAGUUUGUUGCUCCAACAGAAUAUAUGGUCCGGCCGCCAAUGCCGCCAUUGUAUUUUUUUCUCAUUGAUGUUUCUGUAUCUGCAGUUAGAAGUGGUAUGAUUGAGGUUGUAGCCAAAACCAUCAGGUCAUGCUUGGAUCAGUUGCCUGGCUUCCCUAGAACACAAAUUGGGUUUGCAACUUAUGACAGCACAAUACAUUUUUAUAAUCUGAAGUCAUCUUUGACUCAGCCUCAAAUGAUGGUGGUCUCUGAUCUGGAUGACAUAUUUGUACCAUUGCCAGAUGAUCUUCUUGUCAACUUAUCAGAAUCUAGAAGUGUGGUGGAAGCAUUUCUCGAUAGCUUACCAUCUAUGUUCCAGGACAAUUUAAACAUUGAAUCUGCUUUUGGUCCAGCCCUUAAGGCUUCUUUAUUGCUUAUGAGGCAACUUGGGGGGAAAUUGUUAAUUUUCCAAAACACAUUGCCAUCUCUUGGAAUUGGCCGCUUGAAGUUGCGGGGAGAUGAUCUACGUGUGUAUGGAACAGAUAAAGAACAUGUGUUAAGACUUCCUGAAGAUCCAUUCUACAAGCAGAUGGCUGCAGAAUUCACAAAAUUCCAGAUAGGGGUGAAUUUAUAUGCAUUCAGUGACAAGUAUACCGAUAUAGCCUCAUUAGGUGCUUUGGCAAAGUAUACUGGAGGUCAAGUGAAUUUCUAUCCAAACUUUCAAUCAUCCAUUCAUGGAGAGAAACUAAGACAUGAGUUAGCCAGAGACCUUACUCGGGAAACUGCUUGGGAAGCUGUCUUACGUAUACGUGUUGGAAAAGGAGUCCGCUUCACGUCAUAUCAUGGGAACUUUAUGCUACGGUCUACCGAUUUAAUAGCACUUCCAGCUGUUGAUUGUGACAAAGCGUUUGCGAUGCAGUUCUCUCUUGAGGAGGCUUUAUUAACUACACAGACAGUUUAUUUCCAAGUUGCCUUGCUAUACACAGCAUCUUGUGGUGAGAGACGUAUUAGAGUUCUUACUGCAGCUGCACCAGUAGUUCCAGAUCUUGGGGAGAUGUAUCGUCAUGCAGAUACUGGUGCUAUAGUCACCCUGCUUUCAAGGCUAGCAAUUGAGAAAACAUUGUCCAGUAAGCUUGAAGAUGCUCGUAGCAGUUUGCAACUAAGAAUUGUGAAGGCCCUUAAAGAGUACCGAAAUCUUCACUCUGUGCAACAUCGCUUGGGAGGGAGGAUCAUAUAUCCUGAAUCUCUGAAAUUCUUGUUGUUGUAUGGUUUGGCACUUACUAAGUCAACAACUCUUCGUGGAGGGUAUGCUGAUGUUACACUGGAUGAACGCUGUGCAGCAGGUUUCACAAUGAUGGUUUUGCCAGUAAAAAACCUGUUAAAACUUCUAUAUCCUAGUUUAAUUCGAGUUGAUGAGCAUCUUUUGAAGAGCUCUGGUCAUGAUGACCUCACAAGCAUUGAGAAACGGUUGCCGCUCACUGCUGCAAGCUUGGAUUCCAGGGGUCUUUAUUUAUGUGAUGACGGUUUCCGUUUCAUUCUUUGGUUUGGCAGAGUACUUUCACCUGAUAUAGCUAUGAAUUUACUUGGGCCAGAUUGUGCAGCUGAGUUGUCAAAGGUUAUCCUUGGUGAGCAUGGUAAUGAAAUGUCGAGAAAGUUGAUGAGGAUGCUUAAUAAACUUAGAGAAAGCGAUUCUUCAUAUUAUCAGUUAUGUCAGCUUGUAAGACAAGGUGAACAACCCCGGGAAGGUGUCCUUUUCCUUUCGAAUCUUGUUGAGGACCCAAUUGGGGGUACCAAUGGUUAUGUUGAAUGGGUUCUACAGAUUCACCGGCAAGUCCAGCAAAAUCCUUAACUCUUUCAGGUUAGUUCUAUUUAUUUUUUAUGUUACAUCAGAUUAAUAUUGGUUUAUCAAGCUUCUUCCAUGGGGAAUGUGAUUGGAGUAAACUGAAUUUUGGACAGCUUUUUCGGUUUGAAGCAGGAUGAUGCAAUAAUUGGGGGACAUAUUUUAGUGAUAUAUAAUCUUUGGCCACAGUAGUCUUCACAUUGAGAAGAAGAAACACAACAUUUUUGCUUGUCUUAUAUACUUACUUGAUCUCUUCUCCUUCCUUUCUUCAUCUUCUCCUUCUCCUUAUUAACUCCCUCUCUCUCUCUCUCUAAGAUGGAAUAGCACUUAUUGCUCUGCCUCUAUAUUUCGGCUAUGGAGGAAAAAUGAGAGAGUUUAGGGUUCUCUAAUGUUCUAUUUAGGGGAUGUUUGGUAUGGGAAAUUCAAAAUUUUCACUUUACUGGGAAAGCUUAAGAGAGUAAUCUGAAGUUAUUGUAUUUGGUUGUGCAUUGGAAUCUUAUUGUGAUUCCUAUGAAUAUUAGUUUUAUGUAUUUGGUUGGGUAUGGAAAUUUGUUUAUUUUUAAUGUUUUUUAGAAAUUAAUAAAUACUUUUUUUUGGUCAAAA